CCGUUUUGGCCUGUCUCUUCUGGCCAAUGUACCUGUAGAAGGUUUUCUUAUUGUUUUUCACGUCCCUAAGAAAUACCUUGUAUCUUGUUCUGUUAUGUGAUCUACUUGAAAAGAUCUUUCAUUGUGCUUCAUUGCUUAAAAUUCAUCUGGAAGUAACUUAUUUAUGUGUUGUUUCUUUGCCACCAAAUUCCUGUUCAUUUGUUUCCUGAAGAUGUAUUGGAUAAAGUAGUAGGAGAUAAAAGACACUUUGUGACUACAGAGCUAGAGGUGAGGCCUGUGUCAGGAGAAAGAACGGUGACCAAACCUAUCAUUGAGUAUGCUGAGAGUGUCAUUGAAGUGCUACCCAAAGAACUCCAGGAAGCAGUAGAAAAUGGAAUCACGAAUUCGUGCGUUCAAGGACCCUUGCUAGGCUUUCCUGUUCAGGAUAUAGACGUGACAGUGCAGUCACUGACAGUGCAUCCUGAUACCUCCAACACAAUGAUAUCAGCCUGUAUCUCCCGUUGCUUGCAGAAGGCUUUGAAAAAAGCUGGUAUUCAAAUACUGGAACCCCUGAUGAGCCUAGAAAUCACAGUAAGUGAAGAUCAUCUCAGUGCAGCACUUGCUGAUCUUGCACAACGAAGAGGCAGUAUUCAGGAAAUCCAGAGUCGACAAGAUAACAAAGUUGUGAUUGCUGCUGUUCCACUAGCAGAAAUGAUGGGCUACUCAACAGUUCUGCGUUCUUUAACAUCAGGCUCAGCAACUUUUACUUUGGAGUUAGCCAGUUAUCAAGCCCUGAACAGUCAAGAGCAAAGUGCACUUCUUCAAAGGAGGAUGGGGUUGGUGUGACUGCUCUGCAGAAAAAUAAAGAUACGACAUAUCCUCCAUACUAAAUAUUUCCAGGAAACCACCUACAUUGACCAGUGUGCUCUUCUGUGAUGAACUGAUAAUGGCAAAUGAUGAAUUAGCUGCAGCAUGAUAGACAUCUGCUUGUGACUUUCCAAGGGAACAUUCAAGGGACUGUGUUCUACAGGCAAAGCCUUCAAAUUGCAGGGUGGCCCACUAGAGAUGCAACCACAAUCUGCUGCCUUGGCAAUCCUUACCUUACAGAUAACCACAAUGAGAAGUGAUGUAAAUCCUUCGUAAAGGAAUGAGCACUACGUGCAUUUCAGUGUGUAAAAGAGACUAUUUCUUAUAUACUAAGUAAAGUUUGUGAAGUUUUUAAGUUAA